AUGGAAUAUAAUGAAAUAAAGUAACAGGUAACUAAAUUAUAAAUUUCUAGAUUGUUUCCAACAUAAAGGAAAACAAAUAAAAAAUUAAGGACCUUUAAAUAUUCUUAAAAACAUAACAUAAUGAAUAUAGUGAAGCAUAAGAAAAGUUGGAGGAAGAAAAAUAAAGAAGAAGAAAGGCAAAAAGUUCAAAAAACAAAUUUUCAAGCUUUGAAAAUGCUAUUAAUCGACCCCCAUUUUUUAGUGCUACUCAUGUUGAGUAAACGUUUCAUGAAUAAACAUUUAUUGAUAAUGAAGUACCAGCAUUGACAGCAACCUAAAAAGAAUAACUUAUUAUGCCAUAAAGAAACAAAAGCCCAAAGUUAAGUAUGAUUAAUAAUGAUUUUGCAGUCACAUAUAAAAUUGACCAUCCAUUAUCAAAAUUACAAAGUGACUUUCCAACUUUGAAUCCAAAUUAAAUGAGUGAAAAAGAAAUUAAAAGAUUAGAGUAUUGGUAAACUAUUACAAACUAAACAAGAAAGUUGUAAAUAGAAGAAGUACUUUGUUAUUUUAUAUUAGCAAAAUAAAUAAUUGAUUGGAAGUUUAAAGAAAAAAGAAUUAGAAUAAAAGCAUACAUAAGUAUUUUAAUUAGCAAAUACUAAUUUACGGCUUUUAGAUCCUAAACCAUCAUUAAUCUCAGAAAACCCAUUAACACCAAGAAGAUUAUAAAAAUUAAUAACUUUGCCAAGAUUAUAUGAAAAAAAGGUAUGGACUCCUAACAACAAUUAUUUUUGA